GACUUCGUGGGGAAAUGCGGUGCAGUGUGGGGCGCAGUCUGCCAUUACAGUAGCGUAACGGCGAUUUUAAUUUUAUCUAACGGGUCUGGAUAUCUGACGGCUCUCAAUGUAUCUUAAAAGGGGCUUUAUUUGAGUCCUGGUAAUAGGAUGAAAGAAAUGUAUCCGUCCCUAGCCAUAUUUAUUCUGUUUUUAAUCUCAACCACUUGUAAAGGCCAGCAAGCAAACACCUGCAAUGUUGCCCCUAAAGAUCAGUACAUUGAAGUGGGAUCUGAUACUGAGAUAGUGUGUGAGACUUCAUGUAUCCGGGGCAACAUCUAUUGGACACUGAACAACAUACGCAUCAAUGAAAGCUGGUCAAACACUAUCAACUCCUCCCACACAAAACUGUCACUGAAGAACUUCACUCACCACAGUGCUACAUUGCAGUGCCACAGUGCAGAUACUCGCCAAGUCCUUGGAGGCACCACCAUCAGAACCUACACAAAACCCAGCAAGAUAUCAUGCAUGUGGCAUUAUGAUAAUCAGGAGGAUGCUGUUGUACCACAACUGUUCACGUGCAACUGGGAGCAUCAGAAUAAUUCUUCACUGAAAAUAAGCUACUCUGUGCUUGUCUCUUCGUCACAAGUUGAAAUCUGCAACUCACAUGUAACCACAUGCACAUCCAGAGAUAUAGAUACAAAUGAUAAAAUACAUUUCAUGGGGAAUCUCAUUGUUACUGUGAGAGCUCGAACUGCGGCUUGGGAAGCUUACUCCGACCCUCAUGAAUUUGACCCCUAUAGCAUAUUGAAACUGAUCCGUCCACAGUUAAAGGUAACUGUCUUGUCUGAUCAUCUGCUGGUUAAAUGGAAUUCGCCAAUACCCCAAAGAGAGAGUCACUGUCAAGUCAAAUUUGCCAAGGCUGUUAGUGAUGGAACUCCAGAGAAGGUGGUCAAUAAGACUCCAAACUCUAUGGACAAGGUGGAGCUCAUUGAAAAAAUGGAAUCCUGCUGUACCUACAAAGUUUCAGUCCGCUGUGCUUUAGUCAAGGCCCCCUGGAGCGACUGGAGCCAGGAAAAGACGGUUCUGACGAAACUAAAUGAGAGUGAUAUCCAACUGCAGCUGUGGAGAAAGGUGUCUAAACAGAAAAAUGGAGUUAGAAAAGUUUAUGCCAUGUGGAGGGAGAUUCCUCCAACAUGCCAAGACACAUUUACCUACGCUAUAAAACAGAUUGCCUACAAGGAACACACAACUGAAGUCAGUUAUACGGAUACUUUGUGCAGCAGUUCACCUUGUGUUGUUGAUGUGAACCAAGAAGCUCACAGAAUAAUUCUCACAGUCUUUCGUAAUGAAACCCUGCUGGCCAAGGACUCCGUUUAUGUUCCAGCCGUUGGACAGAGCCUCCCUCAAGUUACUGAAAUCCAGACUUCAACCAUGGAAGGUGUUAUUCUGGUCAGCUGGAAGCCUCCUGUUCAGCCUGUCAGAGGUUAUAUGAUCGACUGGACCCACAAUGGAAAUCAAUAUAACUGGAAGGAGAGCAAAUACACUAACACAUCACUGAUUGAUCUCUUGGAUAAGAAGCCAUACAAUAUCACAGUAACUCCCCUCUUUGAUAACAAGACAGGUUAUGACACAGAAGCUCUUCAAGUCUGCUCCACAGUAGGAGAUCCAGGGAAUAUCACUAUUGUCAAUGUUCAAGCUUACGACAAAAGUGCCAAUGUACGCUGGAAUACAAAGUCACAGGAGGUAUGCAGUGAUGCUGUAAUCAACUACACAAUCUUCUACAGUACUCAGAAAGGACCAACGCUCAAUGUUACCGUAGAUAGCACAAAGCAUGACAUAUUUUUAAAAGAUCUGAAUCCAGGCACCCAAUACAGCGUCUACAUCAAUGCCACAGCUCUUACUGGAACUACCAAAAGCAGUGAGAGGCUCUUUGAAACCAAACGAUUUGAUCCGAGGCUCCUCACAGUGCUCAGUGUCUCUGGAAGCAUCGUUAUAGUUCUUGUGUUGUCUCUUGGAUUAUGCUGUGCCAUUCAGUGGAAGAAGUUCAGGGAGAAGCCGGUGCCUAACCCAGGCCUCAGCUCUCUGGCGUUGUGGCCAUCUGCAGAUCAUCAAAAGGGGAUCUGCCAGGCAUUCACUAAUCCAUCUGAAAGUGUCUAUGACCAGGUUUACACAGAGGAACUUCAGCGAACGUCCAACCCUCCACUUGCAAUAGGUUAUAACCCAGCCAUUGACCAAAUUGAGGAAUACACUGACCCAGCCAUAGUUCUUGCACCUGACAUACAGAAUGAGAAACCAGCUGAACUUGUACAGACACAGCAUCUGGUUUCUUCUGGGGAAUCCACAGCCUUAAUAUCUUCCGAGAACAGCACAUUUAAUCCUUAUCGAAGUCAGAGUUCUGUGGAAACUGCUCCUCUUAAGAUGAGUAAACAAUAUAAGCGCCUUCCAGCAAAACAAGAAAAGACAGCACCAGUGACUGUUUACGUCACUUUGAACAUGUUUGAACAAGGUCUGGGUCGGUGAGAGCAGUUUAAACAGACCCAUAACAACCAUCCAAGAAUAAAGAUAUGCCAGUAUAUCAGCUCUGAAUAAAGCUCCUUGGUUUUGUCCAGUUUGGAAUGAAAGUAAAGAAAAAUAAUUAUAAUAUCAUCACCCAAGUAAUAAAAAUGUGUAAAUAAAAGUACAUUUUGCCACUA